AUGGAUAUGCCACAUUUUGAUAUCAAGCCUACAUCAGUACAGAAAAUUGUGGAUCCAUUUGUUGAUCUUGGACAUUUGGUUAUUGUGGAUCGGGACAACAUUGAAGGAGAUGCCAGUGAAAAGCUGUUAUCUCGAGCAAGAAACAAUGCUCAAUUCUUGUUCAAUAAAAUAUGGGAGCUGAACAGGAAAAAUGUUGAAGAUGCAGUACUGGCCACUCUCCCGAAAUCGUCGUUCAUUUUACCGAGGGAGAAGAAGAUACCUGAAAAGAAAGAACCGACGAAGUGGGAAAAAUAUGCUGCAGAGAAAGGUAUAACAAAGAAGAAGAAAAACAAGAAGGUAUUUGAUGAAGCGACGAAGGAGUGGAAACCAACUUAUGGUUACAGAAGAGGCAAUGACAAUACUAAGGAUUGGCUCAUAGAAGUCCCUGAUGGAGCUGAUCCCAAUAAGGACUACUUUGCUGAGCGUCUCGAGAAGAAGAAGGAGCGUGUUGCGAAAAAUGAGACACAACGUUUGAAAAAUCUUGCCCGUCAGAUGGGGUCAAAAAUGAGAAAAGGGCCGUCAACUGAUGCCAGCAUAGGCAUUGGUAUUGCACCAGAAGAGAAGUCUAAGGAACAGCUUCGAUUUGCCGUUGAUCGCGCAAAAACCGCUACUGCAUCUGCGGGAAAAUUCCAACGUCUUGCCAAAGGAGAGAAGGAGAAUGUUAAAACUGGGAAAAAGCGAAAGUUCUUACCGAAUGUUACAAGCGGUGAAAAACAACAUGCGUUGGAAAUCUGGGAGAAACUGAAGAGUAAAAAGGCGAAAAUUGUCGAAGAGAAAGCAGCCGCCGUUGCUGGCCCUUCAAAACAGGAGAAGAAGGAGAGAAAGGGACAUAAGCCUAUUCGACAGAAAAGCCAAAUACAUCGACAGCAGUGGUUCAAAAAUAAAAAAGCUGACAACAAGAAGAAGCGCGGUAAUGCAAAGAAGCCUAAAUAA